GUGCGGUCACAUUGUAGUCCGUCAAAGUAUCAUCAGCAAGUUGUGAAUUUUUGUAGUUUUACAAAUAAAUGGACAGAAAUAUGGAGGUUGACGAGGAAGAAUUCGAAGUGCCAUCCAGCAGUAGCAAGGGCGAAAAGAAGCGUUUCGAGGUUAAAAAAUGGAACGCCGUGGCUCUUUGGGCCUGGGAUAUCGUUGUCGACAAUUGCGCUAUUUGCCGCAACCACAUAAUGGAUUUAUGCAUCGAGUGCCAGGCUAAUCAGGCCUCUGCCACCAGCGAGGAGUGCACCGUGGCCUGGGGCGUUUGCAAUCACGCCUUCCACUUUCAUUGCAUUUCGCGUUGGCUGAAGACACGCCAGGUGUGCCCCCUGGACAAUCGCGAGUGGGAUUUCCAGAAGUACGGUCACUAGGCUGAACUAUAUGACGUGUCUCCUUCCCCACAAACACACAAAACACACAACACCACACCACACCACACCGUUCUCCUUCUCCAAGAAACGGCUUGCAGCAAGCACCCAUUGUUCUUGGGUCGACCCCACCUUGGCCACGAAGCCAGCCCCGGGAUAUUUGAGGACAGACACACCACACAACCUCCUGGAUCAGAUUAACAUUAACAGCAGUACGGCGCCAAUGGAUUCAGUAAACUCUUAGAUGUAAGCCUCGUUCCACGAAACACAACUUUUUACACAAUUAAAGAAGAAUGUCCUGAAUAUACGU